UUUCCAGAAAAUGGCUCGAGAACGGAAAGCCAGGAAAUCAAAUGUGGCGGCAGUUACAUCUCCUGCAACUCCUGAGAAAAUCGAGUCCCCUGUAGUAAAUGGGCAUUCGCAUAUUAACGGUUCGCUUCGAAAUGGGAAAAAACUGAGUGAAUCGGAGAAAGAGGCCAACAAACCGCUCGGAGAUCGUGAAAAAGAGCCAGCCACGCCAACUUCUGAACUCAAAAAGGGAAAAACGAGUGGUAGCGGCGGUGGAUCACAAUGUGUUCUGCUUACUCAGGGAAUAAUGGCUAAUGAUAGUGCAAAAAUCGACUCAGUCAUUAGAAAUUUGAAUUCUGAAAUUAUUCACGCUACCCUCCGUGAUCUCCAGCCGAUGCAGGUCUUGCCAUUGCUCAAAAUCAUCGAAUCUCGCUUGAAAACGAGGAAUGCUGCAGACAUUCGUCCAACCAUCCGAUGGGCUCAAAUCGCCUUCUCAAUUCACAUGCCUUAUCUCAGCUCACUUCCGAAUUUGGAGAAGGAAAUUGGCGGUUUAAUCGGCUGGCUGCGCUCAAGAGUCGGUCAUCAUCGAGAUUUGUUGGCUCUUCACGGAAAAAUAUCCACAAUCGCUGAUCUUAUCAAGAGACGAACUAAUAAUGUGGUUAUUGUGCAGCAGCCGUUGGUUGUGUUCAAUAAUGAUCUUGAUUCGGAUUCUGAAGAUUUUGACACAAUUGGCUCGGAUGAUGACGGUGAGAGCAGCGAAGACGAUUGGUGGGAGGAUAAUGAGCUGAAAGAGGAUGAAGAAGAGAAUCAGGAUGACGAUGACGAGGACGAUAAUGAUUCGGAUGAUAGUGAAAUGGACGCAGAUAGUGCCGAAAGUGGCGGAUCUGGAUCUGAGAACGACGAAGAUAUGGAGGUCGGAUAAAUCGUCGGUUGCCUUCGCCUUCGCCUACAUCAAUUCUCUCUUCUGUUGUUUUUUCUCCGUUCUUUCCACUGAUUUCCCCCCCGUCUACAAAAUCACUGAAUAAGAGUUGCAGUUACUCUGUCCCUGUUCCUAACUGCACAGUUUUUUUAUUGUUGUUGUUGUGUGUUGUUAGCCUUUUUAUUUUUUUUUUUCAAAAAAUUGUCCUCUUCCCAUCCAAAUUUUAACAUUUUCCUUGCUUUUUUCCUCAUUGUUAUCAUCAUCGUUUUUUUUUGUUCCUUCCAGGUAAAUUUGAGUAUUGUUGAAU